AGUAUUUUGUUAUUUUAGAUACAUGUCACAUAAAUAUAAAGGUGUGUUUGAAUUAAGGUUGGGAAACAGUCAAAUUUUACUUCUUGCGCAUCCAGUAUAUGUAGAGGCAGUGAUUAGUAGCACUAAACAUAAUGAAAAAGGUUACCUUUAUAGUUUCCUUCGGCCAUGGUUAAAUGACGGACUUCUAUUAAGCAAUGGCAAAAAAUGGUAUCAACGUAGAAAAAUACUUACGCCAGCAUUUCACUUCAAAAUUCUACGCCACUUUAAUUCCGUGUUAUGUGACAAAAGCGCAAAGCUUGCUGAAAAUCUACAAUCGGAAGUGAAUCGUUCAAAAACAAAUAUUAAUUCUUUCAUUUCAGAUUUCACAAUAAAUUCGAUAUGUGAGACGGCAAUGGGAACUGUUCUAGACGAGGAAUCAGCUACGGUCAGCCAAUCUUACAAGAAAGCAAUUCAUGAAUUGGGGACGCAUUUGUUCUAUAGAGCUUUAAGAAUAUGGCUCCAUCCAGAGUCAAUUUUUAAUUUAAGUCAGGUAGGACGAGCUCACAGGAGAACUUUAAAUUUUAUCACCUCAUUUCGAAAUUGCGUCGUUGAGCAACGAAGACAAAAUGAAUAUUUUGGCGACUUGUAUACAAAAACAAUGAAUGAAAGUGGUGAUGAGGAUUUUUUAAUAAAUAAUAAAAAUCGUUUGGCCAUGUUAGAUCUUCUUUUGCAUGCAGAGAAACAAGGUCUUAUUGAUUCAGAAGGCAUCAACGAAGAAGUUGACACCUUUAUGUUCGAGGGUCAUGAUACAACUGCAACUGCUCUUCAAUUUGCAUUUAUGUUACUGGCUAAUAACCCAAAUAGCCAGGAAAGGAUAUUAGAAGAAUAUUCUACUAUUUUAGGGUCAACCAACGGAAGGCCUACGUUAUCAGAUUUGUCAGAAAUGAAAUAUUUGGAAGCAUGUAUAAAGGAAUCAUUAAGGCUUUAUCCACCAGUGCAUUUUAUUGAAAGGACAAGCGACAGCCCAUUGAUAAUAAGAGAUAGCGAAAGGCUGGCUCCAAAAAGUAUUACAAUUUUGUUAUUUGACUUACAUAGACGCUCAGAUCAAUUCGUCGAGGCUUUGGAGUUCCGACCCGAAAGAUUCCUGAAAGAACCAACUUGGCAUCCGUUUGCUUACCUACCAUUCAGUGCUGGACCAAGAAACUGUAUAGGUCAGAAGUUUGCUAUGAUGGAGAUGAAAUUGGCAAUAACUGCAGUUCUGUCCAACUACCGUUUGCUUCCAGUCACCAAACCACAAGAUAUUGUAUUUGUAACUGACGUAAUCUUACGCACAAGAGAUCCUAUAUUCGUAAAAUUUGAAAAACGUUAA